AUGGCGCUGCGCCGAAGAAGGAAGGAAGGAAGGAAGAGAGCCACGCGACCGACCCAUAUUUGUCACCUGAGUUUUCUCGCGAUAGAACAACGAGAAAUAACAAAGGACGGGGGAGGAGGAGGUCGGAGGAAAGGAGCGCGAAAUCACGCAGAGAAACCGGGAAAAGGCGGGCAGCUUGAACCAAGCCACUACAACGACUGGCUUUCGUUGCAGAAGCAAACUCCCCAUCUGCUCUGUUCGUUGCUGCCCCAACUCCCUGCUGUCAUUAUACGAUUGUGUGUGUGCGAGCACGCCCUUGUCAACGUCGUGUGCAAGCGUACAAGAAGGAGCGUGUAUGUCGCAGCUGCAGCUGCUUGCAAGAGCGGAACACUGGGCUUUGGGGAUGGCAACGGUUGUGCACCACCUGGCCUUAGGAAGCCAGCACCGGGCCUCAACAUUGGCGUAGACUUUACUUGAAAUGAAUGACCGGAAAAAAGGGGAAUAGGAGAGGAGCAUAAUAGAGCGGCGACUUUCGAAAUUCCGGCACCCUCUUGAAUGGUCCGAGAAUCUUGUAAAAAUCGAUUACUGAAAUAAAUAUAAGAUACUAAAAUUUA